AUGCGUGCUGUGUUGCUGUUCGUGCUGCUCCAUUAUCUCCUCCUCACGGUCCUGCCUGCUUCAGGAGCAGAGGAGGGUGAUGCAGCCGGCAGCAGUGGGGAGAGGGGGAAGAGGAGUCUCCCCUACUGGGGGAUGUGGUCGUCAGACUUCAUCGGGUGGCUGGAGGAGUUCCGGGCGCAGGCGGCUCACGACGGGAUUCAGGACCUGGCUCGCACCUUCUGGGCUCACUUCCCCAUCGCCACCCAGCUGGGAUAUGACAGUCCCGAGUCUGAGUCUGACCUCGAGGAGUGA